AUGGAUGUAGUUCGAGAAGAACAAGCUGCCUUCAGAAAGGAGAUGGACUCUGUCAAAAGCAAGAUUGAGCAGAUCUUUGAGGCUAUACAAACUCUGGCUAGAAGGGAAGAAGAGGCUCGUGUUGCCGCUGCUGCAAGGAACGAUGCUCUAGUUCAAGGGGUUGCUCUUCAGUCAAGACCUUCAGUUCCUAUUCCAAAUCCCGUUAUUUACGGUCUUCCUCCAGGUUUUGUUCCACCGCCUGAAAGAACUCAUGUGCCUCCACCUGCGCAUACUUCUGGAGUAGCUGAUGGAGUCGCUGUGCAAGGACCUUCGAUAGUCAAUCAAGUGGUCAUUCCCCGCACUGAUAAGGAGCUCCAGGACGAGUUUGAAAUACAUAAUUACAAUGGACCUACUCCAAUGGUCAUCCCUACUGCUGCCCAAGAUUCUGAGGCUAUCUUGAUGUGUCGUCCUCUGGCCGAAAAGCUAAGAAUCUUGGAAGGACAUAACUCAACCCGAUUGAGUGCCUUGGAGAUGUGUCUGGUCCCAGACGUGGUGAUUCCUCCAAAAUUCAAAGCGCCAAAAUUUGAAAAAUACAAAGGCCUCACAUGUCCUAACAUACACUUGAAAAUGUAUUGCAGAAAAAUGGCUACCUAUGCUAGAGAUGAUAAGCUCAUGAUCCAUUGCUUUCAGGACAGUCUAACUGGGGCAUCUUUGGAUUGGUACAUGCAGUUGGAGUGUAGCAACAUCCACACUUGGGAUGAGUUGGCUCAAGCAUUUUCAAAGCAAUACAAAUAUAAUACUGACAUGACACCAAACCGUACUCAGCUUCAGAGUAUGGCCCAGAAAGAUAGUGAGUCUUUCAAAGAAAAUGCGCAAUGCUGGAGAGAAUUGGCUGCAAGGGUGCACCCACCAUUGGUUGAUUGUGAAUUGAUUGACAUUUUCAUGGGUACCUUACAGGGCCAAUAUUAUGAAAGAUUGAUCAGUAGUGUGUCCACAGGAUUUUCUAACAUGUUGAUCGUGGGAGAAAGAGUAGAAGAAGGACUGAAAAGUGGUAAAAUCCAGGGAGGUUCCAGCAGUCAACCAAUCUUGAAGAAGCCUUUCAACGGAUUCAAGAGGAAGGAGGGUGAGACUAGUUCCAUUUCUUCUCAGAGGGGGAGGGCACCAUACAAGGCUCCUGCUUCUGUGCCUUAUUAUCAGUACCCUUACGUAGCGGCUGCUCAAUAUCCAACCAUGCCUUACCGUCCAAUUGCUCAUGUUCCUAUUCCAGCUUCGGUACCUCACUAUCAAGUUCCAGUUCCUCAAUAUCAAGCUCCACAACCUCAGUUCCAGGCUCCUCCACCUCAACAUCAACAGAGAAAUCAACAGAAUAAUCAACCACGUCCAGUUCAGCAGCAACGACCAAAUCAACAGAGGCUAUAUCAACAGUACAAUAAUGUGAAUACCACUCCUAUCCCAAUGACUUACACUCAAAUGCUACCGUAUCUGAUUCAGAAUGGGACUGUUGUGCCAAGGGCAUUACCUCCAACGCUGAAGCCGCAUAAGCCUUGGUAUGAUGAGAAUGCUAGAUGUGCCUUGCAUGCUAAUUCAGAGGGUCAUACAACAGAGAAUUGCAAGGUGUUCAAGCUUCGGGUCCAAGAGUUGAUAGAUCAGAAAAUAUUUUCUUUUACUGAUGUUCCAAAUGUGGGGAACAAUCCUUUGCCUAAACAUGAUAGUUCAGGUGUCAAUGCUAUAGAAAGUUCAACUGAUGAUGGAUUGAUAAAGGAUGUGUUCAAGUUGAAGACUCUUUUAACAGUGGUCCAUGCUAGAUUGAUGGAAGCAAAAUUGAUGAAUGGAGUACAUGAUAAUUGUGUGGUGUGUUCGUCCAACCUUGAUCUGAAUUCAAAAUUUAUCUUCAACGUUUGA